GAAAGCUUGACUGGAGAGAGACAGACAUAAACAGUCAGUGGGGGGAGUGAAAAGCAAAGGAAGUAUGACUGAAACUAAGCCAAGAAAAGACUUUAUGCUUACCUUCUGACCUCUCUCUUUGUUUUAUGGCUUUAGUCAGGUCUUUCUUUUGAAUGAUGGGCCUGGUGCCUGAUGACACAUUUGUCCUGCUGAGACUGUUCCUUUGAUGAUUAGAUGUUUCUAAAAUGGCUGCUUCUGCUAAGCUGUCGGGUGAGACCUUAAUCGUAAGGCACAUCCCCCUGGCUCAUGGUCAGUCCGUGGGUUUCCAGCUUUACAGCUCAGCAACGAGACCCACAAGGCCUUGUUCUUUAAAACUCACCCACAGUAUUUCACUGCCUGAGAGAGAGGAGCCCCCAAAAGAAGCACUAGACUCUGAUUUUCAGAGCCACAGUAGCAAGUCCAGCUCCAAUGAUGAGGCAGUUAACACAGGUCAUAGUGCUGAAAACACCAAACGAUACAGUUCCUCUCUAAACUCCCAAUUGAGCCCUCCUCAAAGUAAGUUGGAAUUCACAGGCUGCAGAAGCACCUCACGGUGGCAAAACCCCUUCCUCCCUGAUUUAGAAGUGCAUGAGGAUGAGGAGGAAGAUGAUGACUCAGAUGGUGACAACCUGCAUAAGUACCGUGAGGGCUCCUCCUUUCAGCUGCAUGGAAACUCAAAUGGGACCCAGGAUGAAGCCUUGGGGUACACCACAGAGAUCUGGCUCCCAUGUAGCAACCAGUGUAUGGUCAACAGCCCUAUGUGCAGCCACAAGCUUAAGAUGUUGCACCCAGAUAUGAACCCCUUUGGAACCCACCAAGAACACAAACAAAUUAAGAGCCUAUCAGACUCAGGUCUUCAACAUCGCAGAGACAGCAAAGGCACACCAAUAUUAAUGGAUUGUGAGGAAAAAGAGUGGGGGGAUGAAGAGGACUAUGAAGCAUAUGUUCUUAAGGAAAGAGCUUAUGAAAAGCAUGAGGGUUACAACUAUAUUCAGUCUAAAACCUCAGAUUCCGAAUCUUCUCAAAAACAGUUAGAGUAUGUAAGUGACUCUUCUUGCAACAGCUCUGAUGGGCUGCUAGUUAAUUUCAGUGCUAUUUACAACAAAGCCAACAAUGCAGUGCCUGCUACACCACAUGGUCUGGACAGUCCUGCCAAAGAUUACUAUGGGUCUGGAUCUAUGUGCCAGGAUGAUGACUUUAAGCCUGUUCCCUGCUGGUCGCCUUGUCGAGUUGAUCCAAAUUGUAACAUCUACCCAUUGGACUCUGAUGGUCGGGCAUCUGUUGAGAUUUCUGAUCUCACUGUGUGCCUACAAAGUCAAGCCCGGCUAAUGGCUUCCACCCAGAAUUAUUACAAACUGGUGACUUGUGACCUCUCAUCACAAUCCUCCCUGAGUCCAGCAUGGUCAUCAGUGACCAGUUGCUCUGAGGCUCACAGCCAGGGAAGCUUGACCCCUCCAACUGAAUACUUCCUCUUCAGACAGCCAGAAGAAGAGGAAGGGGAAGUUCUUAAAGUUGAUCAAAGUGACCUCCAGGUUGAUGAAGAUAUUGAACUGAAAAGAAGCAAAAGAACCAUCAGGGACUCCUUAAAGGGAACAAAAGAACGAAAGGCACACAACACAACACAUAACCCCAAGUCCAGAGAUCCGGAAUCCAGUAACCAUGAAUACAGAAGUGCUACUCAGUCUCAGAGCUGGGAGGGGAGAUGGGGGGAUAGUUCCUCACCAAAACUGGAAGCGCUGCCACGUGUGCCAAGCUGUCCAAGCCAGAUGAACUCAGACCUCUCCUCAUGUGUGCCGAAGCAACACAUCACCUCAUUUGCAGAGCUUGCCCGCUGCAAGAAAGGUGGUGGGGAUUCAUCAUCAAUAGAAAACAGCAUGGAAGCUCCUACCUGCUCCAAGUUCACCCAGAACACUUCCCCCAUUCAGAGGAAGACUCCAUUAGGGCCAAAUAUAACUUUGAACACAAAUCAGAGCACCAAGACAUCUGAUCACUCUGAAAUCUAUGAGACUCCAUCUAAAUCAGAAGGAGCUUGUGCCUCAUCUCCAGAAGUGGUGCGCUAUACUAAAGCUCAGAGGCCCACUUUUCUUCCCAUCCAGCCCUUUGUGCUUCAACCACCAUCAGGAAAGCACAAUAAAGGCCUGGGCUCCCUGCUAAACCAGUACAUUAGCCACAGACACGGCAAGCCCAGCACAUCCAAAGGCACAGGAAAAUGCAAAGGGCUGACCAGCUACUUAAGACCCUCUCCUCUGGGCAGCUAUUCCUCAAUGCACCUAGAUGCAGACACUGGCUCCGACACUUGUUCCACCUGUACACCAAGCCCUGUUCAGCAUCACACUCGGACUCACUGGGCUCAACCCAGCCCGCUGCUGCUCCGGGACUAUCCAGAACCAGAUGAGAGGCGAAGUAGUCCAAAGAUGUUAGGCCCUAAACUGACUGUAAAGAGCCCAAGAGCAGAUCAAGCACAUCCAACAGUUAAACAAUCUUGGACUGGUCAGCGAGAGAACUAUCUCAAGCCAUUUCUCACCAUGCAACCUUUACAGAACCCCUGUUCUGAGCUGGUGUCUUCACUGUCUCCUGUCUUGAGAGUGGAAUUUAUAGCCCCAAAGCCAGGAACCCAAGAACAGUCUUUCCAGGUUAAUCACAGUUCCUCUCCAGCCAUAACCUCAGUGACCUCUCUGACCUCUGACACCUCCCUCAAAUCUUCACAAAGAUUCUGGGGCCCAUCAGACGUUCUUCACACUGAUGAGAAACUCAGCGCCACUUCUGCACUCUUUGGACCAAGUUUCUUGGUCAAAGAGCCACAUCAGCAUAAUAACUCAGUUUAUCUAACUGACAAAUCACCUGAGGAGUUCUGUCUAUCACCAGACGCCUCCAGUGAAUUCCUGUCUGUUGAUCUGAAGAGAGGCAUGCUGAAAAGCGUCAGCUUAGCAGUGGAUUUCAUCACAGCCCAUUUCGGCUCUGGCAGAGACUCGGAGGAGAAGAUCAGACUGGGAAAAAGCUCACUGUGUCCCAGCAUCAGCCAGCUGGUCCUAAGUCAACUUUGCCCUGCCAUCCGGAACAUUCUGCAGGAUGGGCUGAAAGCCUUCAAGCUGGACUUGAUUAUUGGACAGCGCCGAAAUAAGCCAUGGAGUGUGGUAGAAGCUUCUACACAGCCAGGCCCAUCUACUCGCAUUCUGCACAGCCUGGUCUCAGUUGUUAGGAGGUGCUCACAGUUGACCAACCACAGUAUGAGGGUUAAUGCUUUCCUCUUGGGUUUACUGAAUUUACGCGCUUUGGAGUCUUGGUUGCGUCACUUGCACGCCUGUACAGAUGUAGUGGCAGAGUACUACCACCACUGGGGAUUCCUGGCUCUGUCUCAGGGCCCAGGAUGUAAAUCAUUAUUCCAGGAACUUCUCCUCCUUCUUCAGCCACUGAACCAGUUGCCCUUUGACCUCCAUCUCCUUUCUGAGCCGAAGCUGCAGAGGAAACUUGCCAAGAAGUCCUCAAGACCUCUUGCCCCGUCAGACUACCCAAUCCUUCAUAAAGCCUCCAACCAGAAGAAUAAUGGACAUCCAGAAAGAUCUAAACUAAAGGAGGAAGGAGACCUGCACCCUCCGACUCAGAAUCAAAGCUAUACAUCUUGUGGAACCCACAUUGCUGAGAACCUCAAAGGCUGUGCAGUUAAGUUCUGCAAGCAGCCCAGGCCUUUCUCUCCAGAAGAGAAGGAUGAGCAGAAGUGUCUUGUUUCUUCAGAAAGGGAGAGUGCUGGAUGGUGGCUUGGUCAGACACCCAUCACUGAGGGCAUGAUGUUGGGGGUUUGCUCUGGUGGUGCUCCACAUGAACAACACAAAAAGAUAUUGGUAGAAAAUAGUGAAAGUGCGACGGAUGGGUUAUUGCAAACAUCUCAACAGGAGAAUCCCCAAAAAGGGCUGCGCUGGGCUCGCUUAUUUGGCUCUGGGAUUGGCACCUCUGCGGGGGUUGUAAGGGCACAACAAAACAACCAAAGCCAUAGAACCAGGCUACCAUCCCAAUGGCUGAAGCUUGGAGCAUCAAAGGUGGACCUACUGGCCCAGUCAGUUUGGGGUAGGGAUGUGAGUAGAACCUUGUGUGGACCACGACCCAAACUGAGGCAGUGAGUACAAAGUGAGUAAAGCACAAGAGCAAGAUGGACAGAAGAACUGAUGUGGCGUGAAGUGAAGAUAUGAAAAGAAGCACAAUCAACCUGCAGCAGCAACAGCACUCAAAAAAUGGCAAUUUAACACUAUUUACUUUGGCAAAGUGAAGGACCUAAAACACAGCCUUCGUAAAAGCACACUAGACAUUUCUAUCAGUAUUUGACCACGACUGUUAAACAGCAACUGAUUCAAGCAUCAUGGCACCCAUUGAAGAAUAUUGCUGGUAGUAUAUAACAUUUUAGAUGCAACAUAGCAGAAAUAGUCAGUUUCCUAAAGAUGCCCAGUUAGAUUUUGUCCAGAAAAAGUGUGCACUUGUGGAAACUGCUUUAUGUUUAUCAUAUACAGUAUGUAACUGUAAGCGUACCAUUAGCCAACACAUGAGCAAAGAUUUACUGGCAUCUCCCUCUAGUGGGUAAAACCUUAAAUUGCACAUCUUUAACACAAUCUAACAGCAAAUUUGAAGAGUUUAUUUUAAUCUCCCUGGAUUUCGUAAUCUCCAUGUCUCUCAGGGCAACAGACGACUAUUUUCAUAAACCUGUUUACUCAUGACAAAUCCAUUCUAGCCAUUCCUCCUUCAUGCCAUUCACUGACAAGGUAAAGUGACCUCCAGAAUCACUGGCAUCUUUGGUACUUAAGAGAAAUAAAGGGUAUAAAAUGUUUUUGUUGUUUAUUUUGCACUAAAAAUAUGAGAAUUGUUUUUGAAAAAAUGAAUAAGUCCAUAUUCAAAACACAGAACUCAUUUAUCAAGGGUGCCAACAAUUCUGGUGGGCAUUAUAUAAUUAUGUCGUUGUUCAAGGUAAAAUCAUACAGUUUGGUUACUUUUCAAUUCAAGGUAGCCUUUUUAAAAGCACAAAGUGACUUGUGUCUGAAGAACAAUUGCCCUAAUACUGACCCCCAUUCACUCAGUGAGUUUCAAUCAUCUUAGUGUUCCCUAGCAUGAGGAUUAACAAGGGGUAAUGCAUGGCAAUGAAUUACAACAGAGAUAUUUUCCUGUGAAUCAUUUCAUAUGUAGUCAGUUUCUAUGAAAAUUUUUUUGUAAACAUGCAUGCUGAGUAAAAUGUAUAGGUGUUGCAGGUUCAGCAUUUGGAGAUAGUAUAGUUUUCCUAUGAAUGAAGAUGUACUAUGCAGAAAGUGAGGCCUGACCCCAGGCCAAUGAUACUCAGAAAAACAGUGCUAAGCUAAGAGGUCAGUCCAAAUCUGAGGCACUGCAGAGUACAUAAUUUAAUAAUUUAACAGCAGUGUGUAGCACUAUCGGAGCUGGAUUAGUUUUCCCUGGAAGAGGUGUGUAAUGUAAUGUAUGGGAUUUGAUCGAUGGGUUGGUUUGGGAUAAAGUAUUUGCGUUUGAAAUAUCGUAGCACAGAUGUUUACAUGAAUGUUAUGCCAUAAGACACGGAACAAUGACAACACCCCACAUGGAUUUGAGCAAGACUACUAAUACCGAGGAAUCCCUGAAUUCUGCCAAUUACAGAAAACAGUUCAUUCCGCAAUUAUUACUGUCAGAGUGUAAACACUACAUACACUUCAACCUCAUACUGGAUUAAAAAUCGUUCCACAAUUAUUACUGUCAGAUCAUAAAAAAUACACACGCUGCAGAUUCAUACUGGAUUAAAA